AUGGAUCAUAGUAGUAUUCAGUUGAUGGAAGACAUUUCAUUAGAAGUAAAAAAUGUUGCAAAGAAUAUCACGAACUCAUCAAGUAAAAAUAAAUCUAAAAAUGAAAGUCCUCGCAUUUCAAGCAAGCUUAAAGUAGAACUGCAAACAUUAAGAAUAUCUGAAGAAUCUGAACGACAACUGUAUGAUACUUUGAAACACAUCUAUGGUUCUAGUUUUAAACUUUCUGAUGCAUCGGAAUUUGAAAUUAAAAAAUCAAACCUGGAAAAGCAAUAUUGGGUAGAAAGAGGAAACUUAGUUAUUAAAGGAAUAGUUGAUUAUUCUUCUAAAGAUACUACACCUAAAACUCAGGAACAAAUUACUAGACAAUUUGCAACAAAUAAGCUUGAAAGUUAUGGCUUCCACCAAUCGCAUUGCAUUGAAGCAUUAAUACACUCAAAAGAUGACAUGGGAAAAGCUCUAGAAGUUUUAUUUUAUAAAUAUUAUGGAAUUGAAAAUAUUGUAAGGAGUAAAGUAUCUAAUGAUACUGAUACAACAGACAUGCUAGAAAGGCGACAAGAUGAGAAAGAAGCACUUGAAUCUAUUUAUGGAGAUAUGUUUACAGAAAAAAUAAAAAACCAAAUUUGGACUGUGCAAGUUGAAUUAGAUUACUUGGUAAGAAAUGUUGAGAUAGAGCAAGAGAUAAGCAGGAUUAAACAACAACAAGAGAAAAUAAAAGAGAAAGAAGUUUGCAGAUUAUUUAUUCUUAAGAAGUGUAGAUUUGGAAAUAAGUGUAGAUUCCUACAUCAGCAACCGCAGGUGUUAAAAAUGCCUGAAAGAGAGGAUCCAAAUUUUACAUUAGAAAUAAGAUUUCCUGAAGGUUGUAAAUACCCGUAUGAACCACCAUAUUUCUACUUUUAUAAAAAUGAUGGUACAUUUUCGAGUAUAAAUUGUUUAAGAAUAGGAAGAAGAUUAUACAAUGAAGCAUUAUCGUUAGCCGAAGAUGGCACUCCAUCUAUUUUUUCUAUUAUAUCUCUUUUGGAAAAUGAAUUUGAAAUAAGGCGAUAUUUAGAAGAAAAUAAAGAAUCAUUUUUGGAUCAGAAUGAUUUACUUUUUCCGAAAUUGUCAAAAACCGAAGACGAAGGAGAUCUUGCCACGCAUCAUGAACUAGGUUCUAUCAAUAGAAGGAACAGAGACAACAUUACUUGGGAGGAAAUAUUAAAAACGGACGACCUAAUUCAUAAAAAUUUUAAAGAAAAACAGGAUAGCCCUAAAUACAAAAGGAUGAAAGAAGUUAGGAGAAAGUUGCCAGCAUGGUCUAAAAUUGGUAACAUUUUAGAAACGGUAUACGAAAAUCAAGUUACCAUAAUUUCAGGUGAAACAGGAUGUGGUAAAAGUACACAGGUGCCACAAUUUCUAUUAGAUGAUUGGAUUCUUAAUAGAUCUGAAUCAAAAGAACAUGUUAAUAUAAUAUGCACGCAACCUCGAAGGAUAAGCGCUGUAGGAGUUGCGGAAAGAGUUGCGGCAGAAAGAGAUGAACGGAUAGGUGACACAAUAGGAUAUCAAAUACGAUUGGAGAGCAAAAUGUCUAAUAAAACUAGAUUAACAUUCUGCACGACUGGAAUUUUAUUACAAAGAUUAUCUAUGAAUCCAGAUUUGACAGACGCGACUCAUAUCAUUGUUGAUGAAGUCCAUGAAAGAAGCGCAGAAAGCGACUUCCUAUUGAUGCUCUUAAAGGAAUUGCUGACUAAAAGAUCAAACCUGAAAGUAAUACUUAUGAGUGCAACGCUCAAAGCAGAGGCUUUUUCCUCAUACUUUAGAGAAGCUCCUAUUUUGUGUAUUCCAGGAAAAACGUUUCCUGUGGAACAAAUCUUUUUGGAAGAUGUGUUCGAAUGGACAAAUUAUGUACUCGAAGAAAAUUCGAAAUACACACGCAAAAUUAAAGGCGACUGGGAACAGUUGCAAAUAGACCUAGAAACUGCAGAAGUGGAAGGCGCGUCUGCUGCUGCAGUUAAAGAAUCGAUUCAAGAUGAAAAUUUAACGUUAACGCAAAUUGUCAAUAGAUAUCGAUGUUACAGUAGACAGGCGCAUAAAAAUUUGUAUGUGAUGGACUACGAAAAAAUUAAUUUUGAACUGAUAGAGGAAAUAGUGGAAUGGAUUUGUUUUGGAUUGCACGAUUAUCCCAAAACAGGCUCGAUUUUAGUAUUUUUACCGGGAUUUGCUGAAAUUAUUACUUUAAAAAAUCAAUUGAACGACAAUAAAAAUCUUUCACCGAAGACUGGAAAAUUUAUUAUUGUACCAUUGCAUUCGAGUUUAUCCAACGAAGAGCAGAAUUUAGUUUUUAAAAAGACUGGAGACGUCAGGAAAAUAGUGCUCAGCACAAAUUUAGCUGAAACAUCUAUUACUAUAGACGAUUGUGUUUUCGUAAUUGAUAGUGGAAAAAUGAAAGAAACUAGAUUUAAUUCAAACCAAAACAUGGAAAGCUUAGAGACAUGUUGGGUGUCUCAAGCAAACGCAUUGCAAAGAAAAGGUCGAGCUGGGCGUGUGAUGCCCGGAGUAUGCAUUCAUUUGUAUACCUCGUAUAAGUUUAAAUAUCAUUUUUCAACGCAACCGGUGCCUGAAAUAUUACGAAUUCCUUUGGAGCCGUUACUUUUACGCAUUCAACUUUUACACAAAGGACGAAAAAUAGAUUCAUAUCAAAUUUUGGGCAAGAUGUUAGAACCGCCAACAGCUGAAAAUAUUCGUACCGCUAUUAAACGUUUACAAGAUGUCGGAGCGUUUAAUUCUGAAUGCACAUUGACUCCAUUAGGCCAUCAUCUUGCUGCAUUGCCUGUAGAUGUACGAAUCGGGAAACUAAUAUUAUUUGGAGCAAUCUUUUGUUGUCUUGACUCUGCACUCACCAUUGCAGCUUGUUUAUCCCAUAAAUCUCCAUUCACCAUACCUUUUGAGAAAAGACACGAGAUAGAUGCCAAGAAAGAAUUUUAUACAGCCAACUCUGAUCACUUAACUGUUCUUAAAGCGUACAAGAAAUGGUUGGAAACAUGUGCUCGCAGUAAUUAUGCUGGACAAGUUUUCGCUAAUGAAAACUACUUAUCCAUACGCACAUUGUACACCUUAGCGGACAUAAAGUAUCAAUUCUUAGAAUUAUUAGUUUCGAUUGGGUUUGUUCCCGUUAAUUUGCCCAAACGGCAAUCAAACGUUGAUAAAGUCUUAGAAAUAACUGGUGUUGAACUAAACAUCAAUAAUGAUAAUUAUAAACUUCUCCAGGGUUUACUUUGUGCUGCUCUUUAUCCUAAUGUUGUGAAAGUUUUAACACCGGAGAAAUCCUUCCAAAUACAGUCUGCUGGAGCAAUUCCAGUACAACCUAGGCCAGAAGAACUUCGAUUUCAAACAAAAUGCGAUGGUUUCGUCAGUGUUCAUCCAUCCUCUGUUAACUUUCAUGUUGGUUACUUCCCUAGUCCGUAUUUAGUAUUUCAGGAAAAAAUUAAAACGAGUAAAAUAUUUAUUAAGGAAGUCACAAUGGUGCCAAUCUUACUGUUAAUUUUGUUUUCUGGCUAUGAAUUAAACAUAGAACUACAUAAUGGACUAUCUAUUGUAUCAUUAGAAGAUGGUUGGAUCUUGUUUAGUGUCGAAUCACAUAGGGUUGGUCAACUUUUACAACGAAUCAGAAAAGAAUUGGUCAAGUUAUUGGAAGAAAAGAUGAAAGAUCCCCUAUUAAAUCUCUUAAAUCAUCAAAAUGGAAGAAAAAUUAUACAGACAAUUGUGAAUGUAGUAACAAAAGAUUAG